AGGAGCUGUUCACAAAACCUCCUACAGGUAAUCUGCAAACAUACUGGGGAGGCCGGCACCAUGAGGGUACACAUAUAAAUGCAGCUGGUGCUUAUAAGAUCAAACUUUAUCUUAAGAGAGGAAUCAAGAACACAGUAAAGCCUUCAGAAAACGCUGGAAUCUCAGACACUUUAAUUGGCAUCAAGAAUCCGGAACCAAAGUGAUGGAGGAAAUAACAUGAUGUUGACAGAGUUUUUACUGGAACUGCAUUAUAUGACCAAACUUGUGGCUCGAUAGUUAGAAAGCAAUCGUACAGUUUCACCCGCUGUUGCCCAGUUACAGUCAGUCAUGCUGAAGAGAUGGUUUCUCGUCUUGACACACAGCAGGCGUGUUAUUCUUGCGUUGAUGUUCUGCUGUGUGCUGCUCCUCUAUUGUCUGGCAUGCAGAACACACAGCCAAAGACCUCAACACCAAACCUGGUCAGGACACACGGUGGCUGGAAAGACAUACAAGGUUUUACUGCAACAUCACGAGCAGCAGUAUCUUCAGUACACCAACAACCUCACCAAACGAAUCUCCCAGCUGAAGAAAGAGCUGCAGGAGCGGAGCAGACAGCUGCAGAGAUCUGUGGAACAAGCUGCCGUCAUGUUCCCGCUGGAUCAUGGGGACAAAAGCCCCUCAGAGCUGGAGGAGUUUCUGCAGAAACAGCUCCAAUGUUCAGAGGUCCACACAGGUGAACGGGUGCUGAAUGAGUUUGCUGUUCUGCCAUUUGAGAGUUUCACCCUUCACAGAGUGUAUCAGUUGGAGAUGGGCCUCACACGACACCCGGUGGAAAGACCGUUCCGUCCAGACCGCCGGAACGAGCUGAACGGAGCAUUAGAAGCUGCGUUACAGGUGCUGAAUGAACCGCAGCUUGGAGACACACGGCGCAGAAGGAUUUACUCACCUAAAGAUUUCUUAGAGGGAAUCUUUCGCACAGAAAGAGACAAAGGAACGAUAUACGAUCUUGCAUUCCGAGAAAACGGCGUUCCAGACUUCAGAAGACUCGUUUUCUUCCGUCCGUUUGCACCGCUGAUGAAAGUUAAGGAUGUAUUCGUUGACGCGUCCAAAAUCCUUAUAAACGUAAUUGUACCGCUGACCAAGAGCGUGGACACAUUCAGGCAAUUCAUGCAGAAUUUCAGUGAAGCUGGCGUGCGUCAGGAUGGAAGAACGCAUCUCACCGUGGUAUUGUUUGGGUCAGAAAAGCUGGAUGAAGUGAAAGGAAUUCUGGACUUAAUAUCAAGGAGGUUGAACUACAAGAACGUGACUCUGAUUCAUCUACAUGAAGAGUUCUCCAGAGCUCGAGGGCUGGAGGUCGGUGUGCGCGGGUGGAAGCACAGCAAUGUUCUCCUCUUCUUCUGUGAUGUGAAUGUUCGAUUUACAGGAGAGUUCCUAAAAUCCUGCCGAAUUAAUGCAGAACCAGGUAAAAAAGUGUUUUAUCCAGUGAUGUUCAGUCAGUAUAAUCCAAAGGUCCUGUAUGGUCACAAUGUUCCUCGUGUUGAAGAACAGCUGGUGAUCAGAAAAGAUUUUGGCUUCUGGAAGGAUUAUGAUUUCAGGAUGACGUGUCUGUACAGAUCAGAUUUUAUAAACAUCGGUGGAUUCGAUCUGACAAAGGGCCGCGCGACAGAUGACGUACAUCUCUACAGGAAGUUCCUUCACAGCGGGCUGCUGGUGGUGCGUGCGCCGUCACGUGCGCUGUUUCACAUGUGGCAUGAGAUUCUCUGUCCUGAGCAUAUAUCUGCUGAAACAUUUACAUUGUGUUUGCAGUCUAAAGCCUUGAAUGAAGCGCCUCACAGUCAUCUGAGCAAACUGUUCGUCCAGCAACACAUCAACAAUCAAACGCACAAAUACGACAAACGUAAAGCCACGAGGAACACAUUCAACACUUCUACUCUUGUCUAAGCAAACGCUUUAUUUAAUCGCCUGUUCGUGGAAUAAUUCAUUAAGAUCUGGUGUUUCUCAGUGGAUUAAAGCCAUGAGCUUUAAUCAUUAAGCUUUUUGCAUUUAAUUAAUUUCUAUUCUAUUCUAUUAUUUUGUUAUUUUAUUUAGAUUUAAAUGCAUGGCAUAUCUCCUGUAGCACCAGUACUGAAAUGUACCCUGUUAAACGGGGGAUUGUGAGAUUUUGGGAAGACUUUGUGGUUUUUUCCCAUUAAAAUUGAGAGCAUUGUACACCUUUUCUUUGCCUGUUUUAUAAAAACUGUUCUGGUGUAAUUUGGACAUUUUUCUUAGGUCGAAUAGGUACAUUUAAGGAAAAGGGAUGUUUUAUAUACAUAUUACAGCAAAGUUAAACAUAUCGUGGUAUAUUAUAAAUGUAUUGAUAAUUUAUGUGAAAUUUGUUAUUUUUAAUAAACUUAGUAAAUGGUCAUUGUGUAAACCAAAUUUUGCACAUUUAAAUAAAAUAUGCCAAAAAAUAAAUUAUUUGAAUACAUUGACAGGAGUUAAAAACCUGUCGAACCUUUAUAUUAUACACUUGGCAUGUGUUAUAUUGAAGAGCCUUCUAACUCACACACUCAAGUACAGAACUGAAGUUGUGGGGAAUACCCAUAAGCCCUUGCACUUUA